CCUUUUGCUUCCUCAUUUAUAGCCCAAUAUAUCACACAAAAAAAGCCAUUGCAAACCAGCUUUUGGCAAAAACACAUUAUGUGAGUUGCCAUACGCAUCAGGAAGGAGAAUACAUCGAGAAACAUUUGUUUUUGCGGAAUUUGGAUUGUUGGAUUUUUCGGAUCCCUCGGACUGAAAGAAAUUGACGAACAAAAUCAAAGAUCCACUUGGUAGGACUGGAGAUCCAUUGCCUUGGAAAUGACCAACAUUAAGAAAGUUCUUUGUGUGCUGGAAUGAAAACGGAAAUGGCGAUGCCAAUAAGGGGAAUUAGUUUGUGUUCAUUUGGAAUAUUAUGUUUCCUUUUGAAUCUGAACAGUUUUAUUUCUCCAGCUGCUGGUUACAUGCUGAAGGAUUGCAGGGUCACAAGGACCACACAGGCCAUCUGUCAGAAGAAUAGUUUCAAUGCAUUUCCAAAUGACAUUCCACUAAUAGUCACAAGUAUAGACCUGUCUCAAAACAACAUUUCUAAACUAAAUAAUGCAGAUUUGAAAAAUUUACCAAAUCUGUUGCGCUUAAACCUGAAAUGCAACUCUAUCUCCAUAAUUGAAUCUGGCACUUUUUUUGUUCAAAUGUCUCUAGAGGUGUUGAAUUUAAACAGCAAUAGGCUUUGUAAGCUAGAGGAGGGUAUGUUUGAUGGCUUAGUCAAUCUCACAGAAUUGCGUCUGUCUUUCAAUAACAUCCAAACAUUAGCACCGGCCUCUUUCAAGUCUCUGAGCAAGCUUACAUUUUUGGACCUAGGCCAUAACAAACUGCGGAACUUAGCGAACAUCUUGAAUCAUACACCACAUUUACAAAUCCUGAACAUUCCAGCAAACAAAAUUUGCAAUUUUCAUUCAUGGGAGCUGUCAAAUACGUCUACAGAACUUGUUUCACUUGAUUUGUCUCAAAAUCAGCUUAUGGUCUUUAGCCUCACUGCACAUAUCUUUCCCAACCUCAAAUUAUUGAACCUUGAAGGUGGUAUGAAGAAUGGUAUCGUCUGGGAGGUGAACAACACAUCGUACCUUAGUGGCGUGUCCAAACUAGAUAUCAGUGGGGUUCACUCCUCCUUAGGAUUUCAGGAAGUUCUAGAGACAUUUAACUCCUCACUGAUGUAUCUGAAGUUAAACCAUAUGAAUAACAACCUGCGGGUUCUCAUCAAAAUUUCCUGCAAAAUUCCAUCGCUGACCUCUCUUGAAGUCCGAAAUAACAGCAUCAAAGUUAUUAGAUCAGACAUGCUGCACUUGUGUACUAAUCUUAACAUAUUGGACUUGGGGACGAAUGAGAUAACUGACAUCUCUGACAAUUCAUUUCAAUCUCUUAGGAAGCUUAACAUUUUAAUAUUGAAGUCUAACCGUCUAACAUCGGUCCCCUAUGCCAUAAGGAAAACUGAAAUCUCAAAACUGGAUCUAAGCUUCAAUAACAUCAAUGUUCUUGGCUGUUAUGAUUUGGCCAAUAUGACCUGUCUCAGAAUUCUUCAGCUAAAUGAAAAUCAUCUCUUGAAUCUAAAGGAAUGUGUUUUCAAAGAUUUGGUCAAUUUAAAGCACUUAUGGUUGCAAAACAACAACAUUUAUCAAUUAAACGGUGCCUUCCAAAAAAACAUGCCAAAACUCCAAGAGCUUUACUUGUUUAACAAUCAACUCAUAGAUCUAGAUCAGGGAGAAUUUAAAGAUUUGAAUUCCCUCAAGAUACUGUCAUUACAAGGAAAUAAAUUAAAAGAACUUAAAAAGGGGAACUUUAAUGGAUUGUCCAAUCUUACAAAUCUUAAUCUUGAAUCAAAUGAAAUAGAGGAAAUUCACAACGGUACUUUUAGUGACUUGAAAGCUUUGCAGAAAUUGAAUUUGAUGACCAAUCACCUUAAAUAUAGAUCGGAAGAGCCUAUUGAAUAUCCACCAUUUGCUGAGCUUUCACAACUGGAAUCAUUGCUUAUUUCAACUCAACGCAGGCGACUUAAGAGCGCCCUACCUCAAAACUUUCUCAAAGGCCUGACAAAUCUUUCGGUACUCAAUAUCAGAAGUAUGCAACUUACAUCCCUACACCCACUCACCUUCAACUAUACUCCUAAUUUGAAUAAGCUUUAUAUGAGCUCAAAUGAUUUCACAGACCUUCCAGACAAUUUAUUUUCCCCGAUUCAAAAACUUAAAAGUCUUUACAUUUCACGGUUAAACCUGAGGUCUCUCGAUUUUCUGCUCCUUGCCCACCUCACAGAGCUGGAUUUCUUGCAGGUGAGGAAGAAUGCAUUUUCUGUGAUUAGAGAACCAGUGAUGCAGUCUCUGUCAACACUUGUAUACCUGGAUAUGCAGGGUAAUAGCUUCACCUGUAACUGUGACAACGCAUGGUUCCUCAAAUGGGUUAAAAACAACAAUCAAACACAAGUGUAUGAUGCGUACAACUUUGAAUGCAACUACCCUCCAGACCUCAAAGGAAAAAAACUUUUGGAGAUUGACGUUGAAUCCUGUACAGUAGACAUUGGCUUCAUCUGUUAUAUUUGCACGGCAUGCGCGGUCAUCAUGACCAUAGCAGUCUCCUUCACCAAACAUUUCCUGCAAUGGCAUCUGGUCUACACGUACUACCUCAUGCUGGCAUUCCUCUACAACUCAAAGCACAAGGACAAGCGUGCUCAUCAAUACGACGCCUUCGUCUCCUACAACGCAAACGACGAGGGCUGGGUGCUGGGGGAGCUGCUGCCCAAGCUGGAGGAUGAGCAGGGCUGGAGACUGUGUCUGCACCACCGAGACUUCCAGCCAGGCAAACCAAUCAUGGAAAACAUUACAGACUCCAUCUAUGGCAGCCGGAAAACCAUCUGUGUGGUCAGUCGCGAUUACCUGCAGAGUGAAUGGUGCUCCAGAGAGAUCCAGCUGGCAAGCUUCCGUCUGUUUGACGAGCAGAAGGACGUGCUGAUCCUGGUGUUUCUGGAGGACAUACCCAUGCAGCAGCUGUCUCCGUACUACCGCAUGAGGAGGCUCCUGAAGAGAAAAACCUACCUGAGCUGGUCCCGCGCAGACGCACACCCAGACCUGUUCUGGGAGAAGCUCCGGCAGGCCCUGGAGACACAGGAGCACCCAAUGGGAGAGCAUCUACGGCUCACCAUUGAGGACGGACCCCCUGGAGAGAGACAAGACCAGUCAAAGGUUUAGAAUUGCUGUGGGGGGGGGGGGGGGGGGGGGGGGGAGUGAAACAGUUCCCCUUGCUGGCUUUUUUAGUUUAAACUCAUUAUUGGCUGUGUCUUCUUAUUCUGGUUAUUUGUACAUCUGGAAAAAAAAACUAAAGGCAUUUAUUUACUUUGGAUGUUUUCAAAUUAUUUAGAGAUUAUUAACCUGUUGUAUAACGAUAUGACUCUGGGGCACGCGCCUGCUCCUAUGUAUAGUAGGCGUGGCCUAUAUGACGUAGUACAUGCUCUGGUGGCUAUGAUAUUAGAGCCUGCUUCCGGCUUCCUCAUGUGUGAUGAUGCUGCCAUCUUGUGGCCAUGAGCAGUUAUUACAGUUUAUAUGUUUGGUCCUUCUUCCCUUGUGGCUAUGUGCAGUUAUUACAGCUUAUAUGUUUGGUCCUGCUCCCUUGUGGCUAUGUGCAAGUAUUACAGCUUAGGUGUUUAUUUUCAUGACACUUGCGGCACCCUGAACUCAGCGACCACACCCACGGUCGCCACAAUAUUAAUAACAACAAUAUUGGAAUUGAAAAAUUUAAAUAAACAUGAAGUAGAUGCAGUACAGUGUUGAUAGACCUCAGGGUUUCCCCCAGCACUAUCUUGUUAAGGCGGCCGCCUUAACAAGACUAGGGCCCCGCCUUGACUACCAAUGUAUUGAAAAAAAAAAAAAAAAAAAAGUUAAAAAAUAAAUAAAUAAAAAUGGCAUUCGUAAUACUCAGGCAAUACUGUUUACAACAUUAGUCGUGCCAAUCAAGUUUUUUGAGUGUAAUUGAGACGGCGACAUCUGGUGGUUGAAUAUAUUGUUGCAUAGUCUAUCAUAGUCACCUGUCAAUCUACCGCCAGUGACGUGCGGUGAGGUCAGUGAGUGGGUAGGCACUGAGUUCUGAAAGCCAGAUUUCUCUAAACCUAUAUAUUGUUAAAUCAAAAACAAUAAACA